UGCGAAACAAAUUAUAGAAGCUGGUUUUCUACAGAAAAGCUUCUUACGGAUAGGUUUACAAAGCCGUAGAUAAGGGGCACGACGUGCAGUUAGAACAAUUACACACUGUUUCUCCAGUAAGCAGCGACCAUUUCGUGUUACUUCUACGCGAAUAUAGCGAUCGUCUUCACAAAGAACCGGCCCUUGGUAUCAAAAGCGAGUCGGGUAACCCCUGAAAAAUUAGCAAUAGCAAAGCGGAAAUUUUAUUACAUGUUUAUGUAGGGCAUUUGUAGUCCAAACAACAGCCAAUGAGUAAGCCCCUUACACAUGGUAGCCAAGAAGAACAAAAACGCAGUUGCACCACUCACCAUUGCUUCUCAGCAGCAUACAGUCAAAACCAUACCAAAGAUAACUCGACAGCUCAGCUUUUUCAGCGAAUAUAUAACGGAUAUUCAGCACAAUCUUGUGAAAACAAAUCCAGCUGGACGAAUCAAGGGCGUUGUUGUACUACCACAUUCAGCUACUAUAAGAUGACCUGGACGGAGUUGCUGUCUAAUCUUUCCACAAAUCCAUACUUUGGAGCGGGUUUUGGUUUAUUUGGAGUUGGUGCCAGCGCAGCAAUCCUUAGAAAAGGUCUACAAGGCGCCUCAAUUUUAUUUCGUCGACAUUUAAUGAUAACAUUAGAAGUACCAUGUAGAGAUAAGUCGUAUCAAUGGCUAUUAAAAUGGAUAACCGUUAAGGGAGCUAAAAAAACUCAGCAUUUAAGUGUAGAAACAUCGUUUUUACAAAACGACAACGGUCAGGUUAAAACAAGCUACCAUUUUAUUCCUAGUCUUGGGAAACACGUAUUUCGGUACAAAAAUAAUUGGAUUCAAGUUGAGAGGACGAGAGAACAGCAGACAUUAGAUAUACAAAUGGGUGUUCCUUGGGAAUCCGUAACAUUGACAGCGUUUGGUAACAAUAAGCAAAUAUAUUUUGAUAUCCUAGAAGAAGCGCGUCAGCUAGCAUUAGAGGCUACAGAAGGAAAAACACUCAUGUAUACAGCUAUGGGUUCUGAAUGGAGACCAUUUGGGCAUCCUCGAAGACGUAGACCUACGACUUCAGUUGUGUUAGACCUUGGGAUAUCCGAAAAAAUUAUUGCUGAUUGCAAUGAUUUCAUUUCAAAUUCAUUGUGGUAUACAACUCGUGGAAUUCCUUACCGUAGGGGCUACUUGUUAUAUGGACCACCAGGAUGUGGUAAAUCAAGUUUUAUUACUGCCUUGGCGGGAGAGUUAGAAUAUGGAAUCUGUUUGCUUAAUUUAUCAGAAAGGGGGCUUACUGAUGAUAGAUUAAAUCAUCUUUUAAAUGUAGCUCCAGAACAAACAAUAAUAUUACUUGAAGACAUUGAUGCUGCCUUUGUGUCUCGAGAAUCUACAUUACAACAAAAAUCUGCGUAUGAUGGUUUAAACAGGAUAACAUUUAGUGGAUUGCUUAACUGCCUAGAUGGCGUUGCAUCUACCGAAGCGCGCAUCGUUUUUAUGACGACUAAUUAUAUAGAUCGUUUGGAUCCCGCAUUAAUUCGACCUGGUCGAAUAGAUUUAAAAGAAUAUAUAGGAUAUUGCAGCCAAUAUCAACUUGAAGAAAUGUUUAAAAACUUUUUUGGUGAAAAUGAAACUUUAAAAUCUGUAGAAUUUGCUCAAAAACUUAUCGCUUCAUCUCGUGCAGUUAGUCCAGCUCAAGUACAAGGUUUUUUCAUGAAACAUAAGUCUUCCUCUCCACAGCAUGUAGUUAACUGUUGUCAGAGUAUUUGGGAAAAUUAGUAUUAGUAUAAAUUGUUUUAAAAUGAUGUAGUAAAAAUACAAUUAAAUUAAAAUAUUUACCGAGUGAGAAACGUAGUUAAAAAAGACUGCAUGUAUAAUAAAAUAAUAAACAAUUCAGUAAAAUAUUUGAAAAAUGUAAAUUAAAAAAAUUCGGAAUAUAUUUAAAACACGCACAAGGAGACUCAUCUCUCAAUAUAAGGUAUAUAUGGUUGAGUCGAUAUCGUCAUAACUGUGUACCUAUUUGAACAAGUCGAUCAUGAGAACAGAUAUUUAGAAUAUACUUUGAUUGUGCUGUUUUGAUUGGAACAAUAGCAGUAUAAGUGUUACUUGAAGGGAACAUAUUCGAUACGUCUUUCGGACAUAUUGGAGUAGCACCAAACGCCAAUAAA